CCCACUGUUUUCUUUGAACUUAUUCAGUAUUAAAAUGGAGAUGAUUUGAGAAAGAAGGAGAAAAGAAAAGAAAAGAGAAGAGAAGAGAAGACGGCUCUUUCUGUAAACCAAAACAACCAACCAAAGCAAAGUAAAGAAGAAAAGAAAACAAAUAGACAAAUCCAAAGCUCCCAAAGCUUCCACUGAAGUGAAGCCAAAUCACUCUCUUUUAUCUCUAAGCUCAGAAAUCACCAUUUCCUUCCUUUCUUCCUCUGAUUCUCUGUGUUUCUACAAUACCCAUUUGCGAUUCGACCAAAACCCACAUUCCAUUUCUCUCUAGAAAUGUCAUUCUCCUGCGGAAUCGAGUGCGUUGUGGUUUUGGGUUGCUUAAGAUGGGCUUGGAAGCGAUGCACUUACAUCGGCUCUUACGACAGCGCCACUUGGCCGCCGGCCACUUGCGACGACUUCGAGCCAGUCCCUCGAGUCUGCCGCUUAAUCCUCGCCGUUUACGAGGCCGAUCUCAAUAACCCUCAAUUUCUUCCUGAUGGGGGCUACCGCCCCAACCCCGAAUGGCUAAUCAAGCGCGUCACUUACGAGCAGACACUGGGUCGGGCUCCGCCUUACAUAAUCUACAUCGAUCACGACCAUCGCGAGAUUGUUCUUGCGAUUCGUGGUCUCAAUUUAGUCAAAGAGAGUGAUUACAAACUGUUGUUGGAUAAUCGAUUGGGGAUGCAGAUGUUUGAUGGUGGGUUUGUUCAUCAUGGUCUUUUGAAAUCCGCGACUUGGUUACUGAAUCAGGAAUCUGAGACGCUUAAACGCCUUUGGCUUGAGAAUGGAUCCGAUUACAAUAUGGUCUUUGCGGGUCAUUCUUUGGGGUCUGGUGUAGCGGCGUUGUUGACUGUGAUUCUGGUGAACCAUCGGGACCGGUUGGGGGGUAUUCCGAGGAGUAAAGUCCGGUGCUACGCGGUGGCGCCGGCCAGGUGUAUGUCGCUUAAUUUGGCUGUGAAGUAUGCGGAUGUGAUUAAUUCGGUCAUUUUGCAGGAUGAUUUCUUGCCAAGAACAGCCACGCCCCUGGAAGAUAUAUUCAAGUCAAUCUUUUGUUUGCCUUGCCUAUUAUUUCUGGUUUGCUUGAGGGACACCUUCAUACCAGAGGGUCGAAAGCUGCGGGAUCAAAGAAGACUUUAUGCACCUGGAAGAAUGUAUCACAUUGUUGAAAGAAAAUUUUGCAGAUGUGGGAGGUUUCCUCCUGAAAUUAGAACUGCUAUUCCUGUUGAUGGAAGAUUUGAACAUAUUGUCUUGUCAUGUCAUGCCACAUCAGAUCAUGGUAUAAUUUGGAUAGAAAAGGAAGCAAGGAAGGCCUUGGAAUUGAUGAAAGAAUCUGCCGAUACUACAACUACAACAGCACCAAAAAUACAGAAAUUUGAGAGGAAGAAAACCCUUGAUAAAGAGCACAAAGAUGCUUUAGAAAGAGCUGUUAGUCUGAAUGUUCCUCACGCCGUGAACUUGGAGGAGGAAGCUUCUCACCAUGAAGAUGAAACACAAGAGCCUCCUCCAAGCAAAAGUGGAGAUUCCUCGACAAAGACGAAACCAGCUUCUGCCAGGACAACCUGGGACGAAGUAGUUGAAAAGCUAUUUCAUAGAAACGAAUCGGGAGAUCUUCUUCUUAGAAAAGAUGUAGCAACAGCAACAGAAACAGAUGAAGGCCCCCCUCAAUCUCAAUAACAUUGUCACUCCGUUCCUCGUGUAAGUCAUUUUGAGGUUAGAUUUCCUUGUGCAUUUUACGUCUGUUGCGAGUAUAAGGACGGGAUACAUCUUAUUCUUCAUGUUUGUGAAUUUUUCUGUAAAAUAGUCAUGAUUUUUACAAUUGGGCAGUUUGCCUUCAGCGUAAAUAACAAUUAUACAGAUGAAGGGAAAGAAAGUGUUGUCCUAUUAUGUCAAAAACAUUCUUUAAAUUGUGAUUGAUGUUAUUAUUUUGCUUGUGGAUUCCUUUGGCGAUUAAUUGACAACUGUUGUGAUUUUUUUCCCCA